UGGUUACAUUGAACUACAUCGCUCUGGUGUUUGUAAUUUUUCCAGGUGAAUAAGUGUGGAUGGUAUGUCAUGCAGUGAUCAUCAUGGUUUUUAACAGGUUACAACUUGAAGAAUUGGCCAAGCCAGUCAGGCUGUCCCAGCAGUUAGAGAAAGCGGUCACCAGCAACUACAAACCUGUGGCCAACCAUACCUACAAUCUUGAGUAUGACCGGAAAAAGAAGGAAGAAGGCAAGAGGGCCAGACUGGACAAACAGCAGGUGUUGGACAUGUUGUUUUCUGCUUUUGAAAAGCACCAGUUCUACAACAUCAAAGACCUGGUGGAUAUCACCAAACAGCCUGUGACUUACUUGAAGGAAAUCUUGCGUGACAUUGGCGUUUACAACGUGAAGGGAACACACAAGAAUACCUGGGAGCUCAAACCAGAAUACCGACAUUAUCAAGACGAUGAAAAGACUGACGAAUAGUUUCUGUCCCUCCCAAGGCCGAUGCUCCAUGUUUUUAUUCCCCAGGCGAGGCCUUGGCUGGACCUUGGUGUUCUCUCCUAAUUUUUUCUCCUAUCAAGUCUCAGAACACACUGGAUGCUGUGAUCCUGCAAAGUUAAUGUUUUACAGGAAGAGGUUGUAUCUUGGUAUUAUGUAGGAGACUACAAGGGGCAUUUGGAUAAUGUUUGAGCGUCUCUUCCUGAUGUAGUUUGUCACAGCUCCAGCACACCCUUGAGGUAAUGGAUGUAAUGAAUUUACCUCUGGUUAGCAAGUAUAAAAUGUUACAAAACUAUUUAGAGGUAACAGGUUUAUAAGAAAAGGAUGUGACUGAUUCUUUUUUUAGACAUUUGAGUUAAAAUAUUUGUAAAAGAUUGCUGUUAUUCUACAUUUGUGCUUGACGUAUUUGCCUGUUUUAUCUGUAAUUUUAAAGGUUUACAUAUGACAAAUACAAUAAAUGUGUUUUAAUAGAAAAUU